UUGAUGGAGAGGCUUCUCAGCAAUGGAGUUCUUACAAAUCUUUGCUUUAAUUUCAACUUUCCCAAUUAUUCACUCAGCUCAAUCAUUGGUGCAGCUGAAAAACAAUGGCUAUGAAGACAUUGUUAUUGCAAUUAAUCCAAAUAUACCCGAAGACAUUCAGAUAAUAGAAAAAAUCAAAGGCAUGGUAACAGAUGCUUCUACUUACAUGCUAGAAGCUACUAAAAACAGAGUUUUCAUUAAGAGUGUCAGCAUUUUGAUUCCAAAUAAUUGGUCGAUCAACAGCAUGUAUGGAAGACCAAAAUCAGAGUCAUAUGAUAAGGCUGAUAUUAUCAUUGCUAAUCCUUUUGUGAGAGGAGAUGAUCCUUACACUUUGCAAUAUGGAGGCUGUGGUGAAAUGGGACGGUACAUUCACCUUACUCCUAACUUCUUACUGAAUGACUCACUGAUUAAUAUAUAUGGACCAAGAGAAAAAGUUUUUGUCCAUGAAUGGGCUCAAUACCGAUGGGGUGUUUUUGAUGAAUACAGCGAUGAUCAACCUUACUACCUUUCUGCAAGCGGUGACAUUGAGUCAACAAGGUGUUCUUUAAGUAUGACUGGUGUGAAUAGGGAGAAUCGGUGUGACAGCACGCAAUGUAGCCUCCAAGAAUGUAAAAUAGACCCAAACACUGGCCUUUAUGUUGGGAAAUGUAUGUUUUAUCCAGAUAUGUUCCAGGCAGCUGAAGAAUCUAUUAUGUACGGGGUAUUGCCAAUAACUAUGAAAGCUUUCUGUGAUCAUACUAACCACAAUACAGAAGCGCCAAACAAACAGAACAAAUUUUGUAAUUACCAAAGUACGUGGGAUGUCAUCAUGAAAUCUCCUGAUAUGGUUUCCGCUUCUCCGUUAACAAACACCAACAUUCCACCUCCUGUGAUCUCGUUGCUGCAGUAUAAAGACAGAGUGGUCAGUUUAGUGCUUGACGUUUCGGGAAGUAUGAGCGGUGCUAAUCGGAUCAAUCGUUUGUAUCAAGCAUCAGAGGUGUACAUAAUGCAGAUUAUAGAAACAGGAUCCCAUCUUGGAAUUGUUAUUUUCUCAAGCGGCGCAACUGUAACAUCACAACUAGUUAAAAUAACUGAUAAUUCUAAGCGUGAACAACUGAAGGUGCUUCUUCCAACCUCCGCUAGUGGAGGUACUAACAUUUGUGCUGGAGUACGCAAAGCAUUUGAGGUAAACAAAGGGCUCGAUGGAGUCACAGCUGGAACAGAACUUGUGUUAUUAACCGAUGGCGAAGAUAGUGGAAUAAGUAGUUGCUUUUCAGAUGUUACAAACAGCGGAGCAAUUAUUCAUACGAUUGCUCUUGGUCCUAGUGCAGAUAAGGCACUGGAACAAUUAGCAGACAUGACAGGUGGUUUAAAACUAUACGCAUCAGAUAAACUGGACGCAAAUGGUUUAAUUGAUUCUUUUGGUGGCAUUGUAUCUAACAGUGGCAAUCAAGCAGAGCAAUCUAUUCAGAUUGAAAGUACCGCAGCAACAGUCAAAAAUUCCCAGUGCUUGAAUGACUUUGUGGUCAUUGAUGGUACAGUGGGGAAAAACACGAUCUUCUUGGUUACCUGGAAUACAGCAAUUCCCAAAAUUACAUUAAAAGAUCCAAAGGGGCAAGUUUUCGAUAAUAACCAGUUUGUACCAGAUCAAGUUUCCAAAUCUGCUCGUCUCACUAUACCAGGCAUUGCAGAGAAAGGAAGUUGGGAAUACAGUUUAUGUAACACUUACACAGCGGAUCAAGUAAUUGGUAUAACAGUGAAUUCCAGAGCAGCUAAUUCAAAUGUGCCACCAAUUGUUGCCGAGGCCUUCAUGAAUGUCGAUAAGGCCAGUUACCCCAAUCCGAUGAUUGUUUACGCAAUCGUAACCCAAGGUCUUUCACCAGUUCUUGGCGCAAAUGUAAAAGCUAUAAUAGAAACUCAAAACGGUAUCUCGCAUACCUUGGACCUUCUGGACAAUGGAGCAGGUGCGGAUAUAAUCAAGAAUGACGGUAUCUAUUCCAAGUACUUCACUAAUUUUAAUGGAAACGGAAGAUAUAAUUUAAAAGUAUAUAUACAAGGCAAUGGAAAAAAUAGCAAGCUAGCUGUGCCAACAAACGGUGCUCCCUAUUCCCCAGGGGUAGUUGUGAAUGGUAAAAUAAUACCUAACCCACCCAGACCAAUUCCCAAUCUUCAAGAUCUGGCACUGGAAGACUUCAGAAGGACAGCAUCCGGUGGUGCAUUCACAGUCACGAACGUGCCUUCAGGUUCCCUACCAGAUGUCUUUAAACCUGGAAGAAUUACUGACUUGGAUGCAACUGUUGAGGGUAACCAAGUUACGUUGUCUUGGACAGCAACUGGUGAUGAUAUGGACGAUGGAACAGCUGCAAGAUACGAGUUAAGGUUGAGUCCUGACCCCCAGGAGCUGUUAACCAACUUUUCCAUGGCAUCUGCUGUAAACAUCUCUAGUUUGACGCCACAACCAGCUGGAUCCGAAGAAAUAUUCACGUUCACACUGGAGGACAUUGCUGUUACAAAUGGCACCGUUAUUUAUUUUGCUUUAAUUGCUUUUGACGAAGCGGAUCAAAAGUCAGACCUCUCUAACUUGGGUAGAGCAGUGCAGUUUGUGCCUCCACCUCCUACUCCAACACCAGUACCCACUACCACCAGUGAUAUCUCUGCUAUUGAUGGAUAUUUCAGCUGCCUCAGAUAUUGUUGGAAUAACUGGAAUCCAGAUUGCAAGAGAAAGAAAUCUAAGAAAAACCUGUGAACCAGUUUAAUG